CGACAUGACGUUAAUAGCACUAUAUCAUAAUUGAAGAUAGAAUUCCGAGCAUUGACAUCAAUUAAAAAAUAGCGCACUAGGGUUGGUCUGCACUGCGCUGAAUCGAUCGGGGCACCGCGCAAGCGCUGUCGGCGUCGCUCGUGUCAGUGGCGGCCGGUCGCGAGAGGCAGCAAGUCUCCACCAUGCCGAAGACAAAACCUACACCCGUCGAGGAUCUCAUAAUACCCCCGCAGGAUCAAAAAAUAUGCGGGACCAUCUGCGUCUGCCAAAUGACAGCGGUGCUUAGCUGCGUGGCGAUCGUUUACCUGACCGUCGCUAUAUAUAUGCCAUAUACCCGAGCUAUUUCAUCCGGAAUCGACCCGACACCUAUCAUGUGUACCACAACAAGAGCUGUCAAUAAAGAGAAUUGCGACUGGGGCUCUUGUGGCGAGUGGUGUUUGAGCAAAACAUCAGGAGCGUGCAUACAGAUUUACGUUAACGUCAGGAAAAACGGAUCGUCCUUGCUGCUGUCUGAAUGUGGUAGCGCUGCAAACAAAACGUGCUACGGUAUUGAUCAAGAAAACGCAAAGAAAUAUCACUGUAUACGAGACGAAUGUAAGAACUUAACUGGUACAUUCAAUUGUACUGAAGGAAAGUGUAUUAACAUAACAGACGCGUUUGAAUGUGCAUUCCGGGAUACAGAUCCACCAUUAAAAUGUUCAGGCAGAAGAGGAAAGAUAACUUGCAUCGACGUUCAUGGAUUAUUUUCCUGUAACAGAGGCACUUGUAGGAAAAUAAGAACACCAUACAAUUGUGAUCGACGAUGCGUUGACAUCCCGACUCGGAACAAAAACGUUAUAGUAUUGAGUGGUGAUCGAGUUUUCUUAGCACGUUGUACGAAACUUGCUAAAGAAGAGGGCGGUGAAAUAGUUUGGACCGACUCAGGGGAAGAAGUUAUAAUGUUAUCUUGUCAUGCAGUCCACAAUGGGUCUUCUGGAGUUGUAGCCGUUGACUGCAUCAAUGCUGCUUUGCUGCCGCGUACAGAAAUAUCAGAUUUGACCAACUUUACUUAUUUACAGUAUUUGUAUACGAUUAAGGCAACCCCUAAUCGUGUGAUCGCACCGCCUGAAGUCGAUCUUACAUUAGCCAAUGAUAGCAAACUAAUGAUUAAUCUAGAAGGAUGCGUAAAUACUCUAGCUGAUGAAUGCAAGGAUUUCCUCAAGACCUAUGGACGAGAUGGCACUGAUCAUAAUGCUAAAGCGAGAUUUCCAUGCUUCCAUACAGAGAAUAAUCCAGAAACAGUUGUCGCAAGGUUCGAUUUAGAGGCGACAUAUCGACAAUUCAUUGUGGCAUUGUUGCUGCCCACAGUUUUGGUUGUUGUUUCUUGUAUAACUCUGAUGUUGUGUCAAAGGACGGUAGAAGUUGGUGACGAUGCAAAAAUGCGUUUUAAAGUUUGUGGUGCUGGACAAGCAGAGAUGCAAAUGCAUCCGAACGAUCCUGUUUCUCCCCUCUGAGAUCAGUCACGCGUUCCCCUCCUCUGCGAGGGCCCGGCUAGUUCACUAAGAGACGAUUAAUUGCUUUCCGCGCUGCUAAACAAAAACUCUCUUCAUGUCGACUUUAAGUAGAUCUCGGGCGACCCUGUCGCCUGCCACCUCAGAG